GUACUAUGAGGAUGACGACUACUACAGAGAUUCCUUCGAAAAUGAUGACGUCUCAAGCAUUGUGGAUACUGAGCGAGGCCUUCCUCGGUACCCAUCACAGGGUUCCGAGGAGAGGUUCGUGGAGGGCGAUGCACAGUAUUCUACCGAGUAUGAAAGUGGCACAGAGUCCAGGGAAGCUGUCAAUGCCAGGAUAGAACCCUAUCCAGGAGACCUCAGUAAGGCAAAAGAGGAGAAGCCAAAGGAAUCUAAGAUCAUUGAUUUCGACAUGAAGACUCGGACGGAGCACGCGAUGGCCGAGAGCGAUGCCACUAAGGCACCUGCAGGGGAAGGGAAGCCCACAGAGGCCUCUGCAGAUAAAGAGAGCAAAAAGAUGAGUUUCGAAUCAAAGAUGAUGCAGAUUACGAAAGCUGUGCCCUUGGCGGCGGCUUCUGAAAAGAGUGAGGAUGUAGGGAAGAAACCACCACAAGUCCAGCCUCAGGUUUAUCCUGAUGAUAAAAAGCUUUCAGUUCUACUUAAGAGCAAGACUCAAACUCUUGAAAGUACUCAUGCUAAAGGCCAAGCCCUAGUCCAUGUUGAGAGCAAAGUGGAGGUACAGACUAAGGCUGAUGCACUAGUUGAAGUUUCAAAUGAAUCUCAGAAACUUCCACAAAUUAACAGCGAUAAACAGUUAAACUUUGAGGCUAAACUCAGAGACUUGCAGAAGAGUCAACCAAUUCACUCUUCCCAAGUACAGAGUGGCCCCACACCGGCCACCUUGAACCGGCCAGCUGAACAGGUAAAUAAGCAGAGAUCCUUCGAAGAAAAAAUGCGACAGAUGAAAGGAAUCCUAAAACUUCCACCGCUACCUACAUCCCUACCUACCUCCUUGCCCAUCAAGAUACCCGAUUUAACGAGAGCCUCAGUGCCUAAACCACAAGCCAAGGUCACAGUGGUGCCGAGCCCUCCUGCCCACGAGGAGCAGGUGAAAGAGGUCGGACAACAGCCUCCUGAGAAGGUCUCCCAGCAAGACCAAUCAAGAUGUCCAGUGGAGCCUUCCAAGAAAGCUUUUGAAGACAAGAUGAGAACAAUGCAAAAAACAAGUUUAGAGGUGAUUUUGGCCCUCUGUGACUUAACAGCGGCUGUUUCCUUUAAAUUUUUAUUGCCCAUCACACGAGGGAUGUGA